AUAAACAGAACAUUUGAAAUCAACGCAAAGUUUCUUUUUGCACUUAAGAAAUGGAAUUCUUAACAUUAAUGUGCUUUGAGUUAUGUACCAGAAUUGUUUUUUAUGUUUCGGGAAUACUGGCAAUUUUCACCGUCAUUUAUUUAAAGUAACAACUACACCGAUACCUACCACAACUACAAAAAAGCCACGGGACACCGGUUAUGACGUUGUAUUUCUGCUUGACUCCUCUGUGAAUGACAGAGGAGUAUUCAAUCAAAUAAAGGACUUCGCCCAAAAUCUCGCGGGUAAUUUCAGCAUUGAUGAUGAAGAAUACCGUAUAGGUCUCGUGCGGUACAGUACGACUUCAGAUACAAUUGCCCACCUCCAAGAUCUCGAUACCAAACGAGAAGUUAUUGAUAGGAUUCAGGAGAUACCCUAUCAACCCGGUGAAAGUAACCUGCAGGACGCUAUUGAUAUUGUUUCAUUAGAUAAUUUCCAGGAGAACAAUGGCGACAGAAACUUUGCAAGAAACUUGAUUGUUUUACUAACUGGUGUGGAUCAAAGUUCGAACCCUUAUGACUCAUUCCGUGCGGCAGAACGUGCGGAGGAUGAUGGGAUAAACAUCUAUACCGUUGGGUUUUACAUAAAUGAUACUUUCGAGGUUGAUGAGGUUCCAACGCAUCCUCUUAGCACGUACCGAUAUCUGGUUAAAAGGAGAGGAGAUAUUAAAAGUAUUCCUCGGAAAUUAGCUAAUUCCAGUAAUUACAUUGGAAUGUUUCUAAUCUGUAUCAUCAAUGCCUAUUCUUGAUGAAAACAAAGAUAACAUCGCUUAGUCCUAUCUUGGCAGGCUUUUUUUAAUAUCAUUGAUAUAUCAAUUCACGAAAACGUUCAUAUUUUUAAUUUCAAAAUGAAGAU